CUGACUUCAUGGCGACGCUCCACAAGAACGGCGUCGACGAGAAGCGGCUCAGCAAGUACGUGCAGCAGAACGUGCAGGAGGACGUCGUGUCCUUCUACAUCACGUUCCCGGAGGAAGGUCAAUAUGGCUUAGACAUCUACACACGCGAACGCGGCGGCCCCACGGCGAUACAUCAGAACGGCUCCGUCGAGAAAGAGAAGCACCUCCUCACACACUGCUGCAAAUACCUCAUCAACAGCAGUAAACGCAACUAGCCAAUAUCUACUUUAAACCAAUGGAGUAACGUCCUGAUUCGAAAAGCACGUACGAGAUUGGUAAAGAAUUCAAAGGAACAAACCAAUAUAAACUUUAAAAUACGGGAGUAAGGUUGUGUUUUGGUUGUUGAUUUUACAUGCCUAUUUGUUUAAAUGACACAAGCGAAUACAGACUCUAUAGGGAGGGAGUAAAGUUCUAACUUGUUUGUUUUAAAACCGAAAUAAGAAAAAUGUAAUCGGUUAUAGUUAAAAAAACACAUGCACAUGAGAUUGCAGUACCAUUUUAGGUUUUUUUGGCUGUAUGCGUGUGACGAAUGCAAUAAGGUCAAUUUAUUGACAAUUUAACACUUCCAAAACAUUUAGAAGUAAAUAUUUGUGACGUCCCACGGGUAAAGGUACAUUAUGGCGGUUGGCGCUUACGCUAUUAUUAACGCCGCUCCAAUAUUAUUGCGGCGCUAUGCGACGUAAGCGCCAGCCGCCAUAAGGUACGUUUUGCCGUAGAACGUCACAUUUUAAUAUGUUAACUAACGUAAGCUGCUAGAAUAAAUCUUGUGUUUGUCGAAUGCUGGUCCUUUAAAUUGUUGUACAGUAUAUUUGACAGAUCAAUGUAUGACUGCUGUUCUAUUGCUUAUUUGUAAGUACGCGAAAAUUAUUUUAGUUGUGAGAAAAUUUAUGAUAAAAUAAUAAGAAUAAAAAUAACGCGGAUGAGGAUAUGAAACGAGUAUGUUAAAUGAAAUCCAAGAUUUAUUGUCUUUUUUAUUUACUUUUAAUCUUUUAUAAAAAGUUAUACCCAAGUGUAGAUAAUUAUAAUUAGGAAUUAUCCGUCCAUGAAAUUUAUAAAAAUAUGAUAUUAUGCUAACAUUCUAUGUCAAUUGAAUUUUAUAUGAAUUUACACAUCAAUUUUAAGUAAUAGAGGUUGUGCUGAAGCAAUUUAAUUGCUUCAUUUUAUAUACAUUAUUUUUUAAGAAAAAUAAUAUUUUGUAUAAAUUUAAGUACAGUAUUUUAAGAUUUCGAUAUAAAGUUAUUAUUAUAUCAUCACAUAUAAUCAUUCUGUAGACACGAACACACCUUACACAUAAUUGUUUUGUUUUCAUGUAAGUUGACACCACGAAAGCCAGUUGAGGGUAGAUUUUGUUUACUUUGAAACAUUACAUAAUCAAAAUAAUGUAGGUUAAAGUCAGGUCGUUCAGCGAUCGAUCCAGGCGGUUUUGUAUUUGGUUGGUUAACCAAUAAAUAUUAUAACUACCCGAAAAUGCACCAAUUAUUUGUUCACUUUUAUUGAAAUACCUAAAGAUACAGAUCAUAGUCGUAGUCACAAACAUAUGUGACGUUCCACGGAAAAAGGUACCUUAUGGCGGCUGGCGUUUACGUCACAUAGCGCCGCAAUAAUAUUGGAGCGGGCGUAAUAACAGCGUAAGCGCUAACCACCAUAAGGUACCUUUAACGUGGGACGUCACAUAUAUACUUUUUCAAAUCCACUUUAACAUUUUUAUGACCGUGGUGUCAACGUACUUUAAAACGACCACCGCAUACGCUUAACUCCGAACUCUGAAUAGAUUGCUUUAUUUUAUUACUAUAAUAUUUAAUUUUAAUUUCACUAAGCACAAUGAAAUGAAGCAAUGUAUUUAUCAUACAUAGAAUAGAUACAACCAGUAUGAGAUAUUGUAACAUUAAAUAUUUACAUAUUUAAGAAAUGGCAAUAAUGUAAAUUUUAUAAAAUAUAUGGCAUGUUACUUUUCUAAA